AGCAGCUAGCAAGUAGCAGCAGUACCAGUUGUGUUCUCUCAAAUUCAAUAUAUUUUUUUCUGUUAUUUUUGAAGUGCUUUGUUGUUAAGGAGAUAGCAUUUGAGAUUUGAGAUGGCUGUAGCAUUCGCAUCCUCUCCCACCAGCUCCCCAACGUGCACCGUUCUUCCCCGCCAAGGGCUUCUUGGGAUUUCGGGAUCACCUCGUACUCUGCAAUGGACGAAGAAAGAGAGACGUUGUCGAAGAAAAGCCGGUCCCACAAUUACUGCAAAAUUGGAUCUGAAGCCUCCUCCAUAUCCAUUGAAUGCUUUGGAGCCACAUAUGAGCCAGGAGACCUUGGAGUAUCACUGGGGAAAGCACCAUAGGGCUUAUGUGGAGAACCUAAACAAACAAAUAGUAGGAACAGAGCUCGAUGGAAUGUCAUUGGAAGAUAUCAUAAUUAUUUCAUACAAUAAAGGUGAUAUUCUUCCAACUUUCAACAACGCAGGACAGAUUUGGAACCAUGAGUUCUUUUGGGAAUCCAUGCAACCCGGCGGUGGAGGAAAGCCAGAUGGAGAUCUUCUAGAACUGAUUGAAAGGGACUUUGGUUCUUUUGAAAAAUUCGUGGAAGAGUUCAAGUCAGCUGCAGCUACACAGUUUGGUUCUGGUUGGGCUUGGCUUGCAUAUAAAGCAAAUAGACUAGAAGUUGGAAAUGCAGUAAAUCCCCGCCCAUCAAAUGAUGACAAGAGGCUUGUGAUAGUGAAGAGUCCCAAUGCUGUUAAUCCACUCGCAUGGGAUUAUUCUCCACUUCUUGCCAUCGAUGUUUGGGAGCAUGCUUACUACCUUGACUUUCAGAAUCAUCGCCCUGAUUACAUAUUAUUAUUUAUCGAGAAGCUUGUUUCGUGGGAAGCAGUCAGUUCUAGACUUGAAAUUGCAAAGGCCCGAGAUGCUGAAAGAGAGGGAGAAGAAGAAAGGAAGAAAAGAGCGGAAGAGGAGAAAAUGGCAGAUAGCAAAGGUGUUGAGAUGUACUUGGACAACGAUACUGAUAAUUCAGAGGUUGAAUGAAUUCGGUUUUCCUUGCAGUGAAAGUCAUUAGACAGAGAUCACUUAAUCAUGAUUCAGAGGUUGGCAGUCUUAUUUUUCACUUAAUCAUGAUACAGAGGUCAGUUAUAGAAGGUACACUAAAUAGAUUUCACAUUGUUUCAUUUUCUGGCUUUUGUAUUGUGGCUAUCCUUGCUGCAAAGUACCAUAGCGCGUUUCUAUUUUUUCAAUUGAGUAGGAUAUGCAGAAAUAAUAUAAUCCAUCCUUUCAAUGCCAUAUAAAGAUAUGUGCACAUUAUAAAGAGGUCUGAUUUG